AUAUACAUAUCACUUAGUGUUAAAAGAGUUGAGUUAUAGUUUACUCAAUAGAUAUGUUCUUCUCAAGAGGCAAUACUGCCAUCCCUGCCAUAUUCCUGCUUCUAGGAAUAUUAUCUUCCACUGGAGUAGAAUUUACGGGAGCACAAUCUGUGGGAGUGUGUUACGGAGGAAAUGGAAACAAUCUACCCACAAAGCAAGCAGUGGUGGACUUAUACAAAUCAAACAGAAUAAUGAAAAUCCGUUUAUACUAUCCAGACGGAGGAGCCCUUCAAGCCCUCAAAGGUUCAAACAUAGAGGUGAUUCUUGGAGUCCCUAAUGACCAACUUCAGUCACUUACCAACGCUGGAGCUGCCACAAAUUGGGUCAACAAGUACGUGAAAGCCUACACACCAGGUGUCAAAUUCAAGUACAUUGCAGUUGGCAAUGAAGUUCACCCAGGUGAUGCUGCAGCAGGUUCAGUUCUUCCCGCACUACAGAACAUUCAGAACGCAAUUUCUUCAGCCAAUUUACAAGGCCAAAUCAAGGUCUCAACUGCAAUAGACACCACUCUACUAGGAAAAUCAUACCCACCAAGAGAUGGCGUUUUCAGCAAUGGUGCAACUCCCUAUAUAAAGCCAAUCGUCAACUUCUUAGCCAAAAACGGUGCCCCACUUCUUGCAAACGUGUACCCAUAUUUUGCUUACGUUAAUAACCAACAAAGCAUUGGUCUUGACUAUGCUUUGUUCACUAAACAAGGUAAGAACGAGGUUGGGUACCAAAACCUGUUUGAUGCGUUGUUGGAUUCUCUCUACGCUGCUCUUGAUAAAGUAGGUCAAUCCAAUAUUAAGGUGGUUGUGUCUGAAAGUGGGUGGCCGUCAGGAGGAGGAGCUGGAGCCACUGUUCAAAAUGCAGGAACCUAUUACAAGAAUUUGAUUAAUCAUGCAAAGGGUGGAACUCCUAACAAGCCUGGACCCAUUGAGACAUACCUAUUUGCUAUGUUUGACGAAAACCAGAAGCAAGGUCCAGAAAUUGAGCGACACUUUGGUCUCUUCAGACCCGACAAAUCUCCUAAAUACCAACUAAAUUUCAGUUAAACAAGUAUUGCUAAGUUAUCAUAAAUAAACAAACUCGGUGUCAUUUAGAAUAAGGGUGCCUCGUGCCAGUGGUUUUAGUUUCACCAAUAAUGUAGAACACACUCCAAGCUUCUAAUUAAUAAAUUUUUAUCUACCACUUUAUAUUGCGCAUGCAUACAUGUUUUAUUUAAAUGUUUUAACUUACGAGUUUUGUUCUUUGCCAAGAACUUUGUAAACACGUGUGGAGGUGGAAAAUGGGAUAUUUGUCC